GCUGUAGUACUAGUAUCUAUCCUGACGUCCGAGGAGGUUGGGCUGUUGUGAGAGCUCUGCCGCCUCUCAUUCACACACAGUUUCGGGUGUAUCACCGAGUCGUGUGGAUCAAUCUCGAGGGUGAUAAUGUCUCCUGCCCCUCGUCCUGGGGUGGUCAUGAAUUCAAUCAGUUGUUGCUUCACCUUGAGAAGAGUGCACGAGUCUGGGGUAACAAACAGAUGUACACGUUUGUCGAGACUCCAUAUGUAGAAUACUGAGUUGGCGUGUAGAACUUGUCUCCUUCCGGGACCUGAGAGUACCUGAAGGGCAGUACUUGCCUGCUGCUGGAGAAAACUAAAGCAUUCGAGGGGUUUUGCCCACCUGUCGGAUCUACUCGUAUAUCACCUGAAUUUCGCAUUUGACUUCUGCUGGACUUGGAGUACCCGUAGCCGGAGAACCAGUACCCGUGGAGCAUAACAGUACCUGCCUGGAGACGCUGAAGGAGGAACCAUGUCGGUGGGGGACUCCGUCACGUACCUUCCCCCGGAGCUGCGACCCUCCCGGACCCCCUCCUUCGCCUCCCUCAAUAAAGAAUUUUCCCUCCUUAAGCCAGGGAAACAAGAUUUGCUGCGAGGACCCCGACGUGUGGUGAGGCUGUGUCUGUGCUCCCUCGUACUGCCGGCUGUGCUCAUCACUAUCCCACUGUACGUGCGUCUUGUCCUCUACCCUCCUGGCCACUACCCUAUGAUGCCCACUGACCAGCGCCUCCUUAGUCGACACGUCUCCAGCCUCUGGUGCCAGGCGCAGACCACACACAUGGACGGCAACUUUAAUGGUUACCUACUGAAGGGCGCCCCAUCCAAGGAUUCCCAGCGUCGUACCCAUGUCAUGCUCAACAAAUUGGUCCUCAAGGACGACGUGAAAGAGUAUUGGGGCUUCUACUUCCUCAAGGGCUCCACUAUCACCAUCUCUCUCUGCUCCAGGUGGGACGGAGGCCAGCUGAUGAUUCUCCGAGGGUUGGAGAACCUGCAUCGCUGCGCCUGGAUCGGAGAGGAGGACUCAGCCGAGGACAUGGUGGAAGAUGAUGACGUCGCCAGCAAUGAACGCCAUAAGCUGGAGGAGCAGUCUAUGAGAGGUGGUCCGAAUGUCUUCACAACGCCUGAAGAACUUCCUGACGUAGAAAGAUCUUCAUUUGCUCAACAAGGGCAUUCAGCUCCUGCAGGUGAUCCUUCUCCUCCACAUCAUCUCCAGUCAGAAGAGCGUCGUCAGAGCAUCAGUGAGCUCCUGCGGAAAGCCAUCAAGAUGAGCAAAGGCAAAUCGGAGAUACUUAGAAUCCUUCAUGCUGAGCGUAAAGCUCACAAUGCUGAAAAUCAGCUUCAAGACAAGAGUCAAUUCUUCGAAACUAAUACCGAAAACUCUACAGCUGGUGCAGUCAAACUCGUCAUGGAUCUUGAUGAGGUAGAAAAAGUGACAAGCAACCAAACUGAUAUGAGGAGAGAUGCAUCAGCAGCUCACGACCUCCCACAACGGCUGAAAAAAGUCAGCAGGAAACUAAAAAGUGAAACACGAAAAGAUAAGCGAAGACGUGAAAAGAAAAAGAGGAAGAAAGGUAACCCCCGUGAUGAAAACCUCACUAAGGAACUCUUCCCUAAAGAUGACAAUUUAACACGAUCAAGAGCUAAGAGAUUCAUCGAAGACAAAAUUGAUAAUGAAAAUGGUGCUUUCGAAGAACUGGACUCUGAUGAUAUUUUGAGUGUAAUAAGUGAAGUAACUUCCAAUCAGGGAAGGAGGAACUUUUCGUCAGUGGAGCGGGCAAUUGGAGGCGAGAUCUUUUUUCCCGAGGGCUUAAAGUUUGAGAGAGGAAGGUUUAAUCAGUCAACAGCAAAUGACAAUUCGAAUGAAGAACACAGGUCAUCGUACUCGAGCAGCGAAGAGGCUCUGGCCAGCUGUGAAGGGGUCAUUCUCACCCUGCCAUUGGUGCCUUACAGGAGCUGCAGCUACCAAUCCAUAGAGAUGAACAAGAUUGUUUAUGAUAUCCCCAUCACGGGAACUUACUACUUUGUAUUCUCCAGCGACAACGAGAUCUAUGUCAAUGAUCUGUAUUUCAACAUGACAAUGGAGAGGGUUGUAUACAACACCAAAGAGUCGGAGGAGCUUUGUGUCAACACCACAGACUGUACCAUGCCACUCAAGUUCUGGUCUGAAGAACAGGCGGUGGUGGAAGUGCCACAGGAGGGUAGGUGGGACCAUGCCUACAUCCUGGAUACCAAAUGUGAGCCUCGUGUGUAUAUGUACCUCACCAUGCUCCUGCUGGUGCCACUGUGUAUCAUGUUCUGUGCUUUACGCUGAUGCCUCCCACUGUGAUUACCCAAUUCAAUAGAGACUGUGUGAUUAUUCUGAAAAUCUCAGAUGUUAAGGUAAACGGACUUGACCGAGAAAUGUACUUUUAUUGAAAUGAUCUACAGCUUCAUAUUUUGUCGCUUCCAGCAACAUUUUUUCUUUUUUGCAAAACCUAAAACAUAUUUAUUACAUAAGCUCAUGUUUACAUUUAUUUGUGUGUAUGUUUACUUGCAUGCUCAUAUAACUUAUUCAACCAUGGCUGUGGUAUAGAGAUACAGUAGUGGGAGUCUUUCAUACACACCCUGGAGACUCCUGCCUUCAGUCUGUGAUAUUUGGUGGUCUCACACAAAGACCUCUCAUGUUCCGGUAGAGUUACAUAAAGUUAUGUGUGUGGGUUUUGUUCAGUAGAUCUGUAAGGAGAUACAAUAGUGCUAAGCUCUUAAUGAAACACAUGCUGUAGGGCCGUGUGGUGGGUAUAUAGUAAAUUUAACCGUAAAAUACUUAAAAUUGUGAGCCGAGGUUGUUGCCACUUAGUGGAGUUAUGUUGUGUUUAUACAGGGUGUGUCAAAUGCUCAGUUGCUCACACUCAUAUGUCAACAUACUGAAGAAUUCUUUUAAGGCAGGAGUGUAAGAAAAUUAACACAAAGGUACUGAGAGCAUUCAGAGGAGAUUAUGUGUAAGAAUUUAUAUAUGUAUAUAAGGUUAUGGUAAGUAAUUUAAACUUUUAAUUAAAUAAAAUUAAUUAGUGAAUUCUGACUGUGAGUACGGACUUUUGGGACACCCUGUACACUUAACAACAAAAUAAUAUAAGAUUUUUCAGUCAUUAUAAAGAAAACAGUACAUUAAUGGGAUUCGACUGACACCAUGUCUCUAAUAUUGGCAUGUGAUGUAACUUGACAUUUGACAGAGCAGUUAUAGUCUGUUGACUAUAGAUAUUAUGUAGAACUCCUUCAUAUAGUCAGUUAGGUCAUAUGCCUAAAUGUGUUAUAUUAUUGUCUCAUGUCACUGAACAACGAUUCGUCUGACAAACAUUU